AUGAAAAGAAGAUAAAUACAAGUUGGAAGUCCAUUUGAUGAAGCAUAAAGUAUAUUGGGAGAUCCAUUAUGGUUAGUUAAUUACGCAAUUUAAGUACCAAACCAACCUUUCCAGGAGCCAGUUCAGUCUAAUGCUUAAAUAAAUGUACCAACCAUUCCAAAAGUCAAGGAAUUAGCACCGAUUCAAGAAAUUGACUUUCGAGAAGCCUUGCUUCAAGUAAUAAUCUUCUUUCUUCAACAAGGAAAUUGAUAGCAUUUAAAAAGAUGAAUAAUAGGGUGCCCCUUUAGUUUAAUAAUAAGUGUUUCCAACAUAAGAAAAAACUAUUCCAUAAUAGCCUAUUACUUAAUAGAGUUAAUCUAAUUUGUAAUAGAGUAGAGCACAGCAAUUAAUUUAAUAGUCAUAAUAAUUGAUACAAAGAAGAAGAUAGCCUAAAUAAUAAGAUUAGCAUUAGAAGUAAUAAACAAAUAUAAUAUAAAAGCGAUGUUAAUUAGUAAUAAUUUAAUACAUCUUCUCAUAUUUAAUAAACUAAUUCUAAUCAAUAAGCUAAAGUUGAAGAGAAUAUUCAACAACCUGUAAUUUAAACAAUUCAAAAACAAGAUCCAUAAAAGGAAUAUCAAUAAUAAUAAUAAUAAUAAUACUAAUAGUAUGAAAUAAAUUAACAAUAAUAACAAUAAAAUCAAGAUAAUUAUUCACAACUUAAAGUUGAUGUACCAAAAGAUUAAUUACAAAAAUCUAUAGAUCCUCCAGUAAAUAAAAUAGAUUCAAAUCAAAAUGAAAAAUUAAAAUAAACUUAAGUCUAAAGAACACGACAAUAAGUUCCUCCUCCAUAAAAAAAAGAAACUGAGUAAUAAUAUAAUGGUUAAGUUACUGAGUUUAGACAAUAAAUUCCAUAAUAAAAUCAAUAGAUAAUGAUGAUGAAUACUUAGAAUAAUUAAAAUCAAUCAACUGUUAUUACUGCUUAAACAUUUUAUCAUGGGCUAGUAAGCUAUGAUAUAUGUAAUUAUGAAUCAUAAUAAAAUUAGAAUCAAAUUAACUUACUAAAUUAAGAUAGACCUCUAUUGUGUCUUAAUAUCCUGGUCCAUAUUUUAAGAAUAGAAACCCAGAUAAUUUAAGAUAAUUACGUUAUUUUUGGUCCUCCUUCAAUACUAAUAAUGCUUUGUUAUAAUUAGCUAUUGAUCAUCUUGAAAGGCCUUUAGAAAAGAAUAGUGCUUUAUAGAUUAUAGAGUCUAAAUUACUUAAUGAUUAAAGUGGCUAAGCAUUUGUUGAAGUAUAUAUUUAUAUAAGAUAAUUUAAGGCAUAUGAAAGAAUAUAUAAUUAAAAUGAUUGGGAAACUAAACUAUUAGUAAGCAUAUUGGAAGGAGAAUUCAUAAAUACUAAACAAUAAUAGAGUUUAAUAGAAUACAUAAAAAAGAGAUCAUAUCAUGAUGAUUAAGAAGCUUGGUUAAUUCGAUUGGCAGUUUUACUUAAAAUGAUACCAAUUGAUCAAGAAUAUUAUUCAGAAUUGCUUAUUUAAUUAUAACAUUUAUAUUCAAGUGAAUAAAUUUAAGCUAGAUUAUUGUGGUUAUUAUUAAAGAUGGAGAUUUAGAAUACUUAAAUAGAUGUAUUUAUAUUGAGUUUUUUUACUAAAUUGAAUUACACUUUAUGUCAUUCUGAAAUAUAAUUGUUAAUUGGAGAUUCUCAUAUGUGUUUCCAUAAUUAAUAGAAUGCUGAAUUAUAUUAUAAAUUGAGUCUUCUAUUUGUAGAAUCAGAGAAUUAUGAUAAAGCAUUAGAAUGUGUCAAAUUCUCAAUUGAUUUAGGAUAUCAUUCAAAGGCUAGAGAUUUAAGGGAUAGAAUAUUAUAAGUUAUAGAAUUAAAAGAAAAAAAUAAAUCAAAUAACAACAAUAAUUCAAAUAGUGGUCUUCUAGGUUAUUUUGGUUAAGCAGUAAAUGCUGUCAAAAAUAUAUAGAAAUAACCUUAAUAACAAUAAGCUAACUAUUAACCUUAACCUUAAAACUUUUAUUAUGAUAAAUAAUUAAAAGCAUAUGUGAUAAAUGGUGUUCCAUAAAUAGCUCCUCCAGAAGAGGAAUAAAAGAAGGAAGUAGUUGUAACAGCUCCUCCUCCUCCUAGAAGAAAGAUUGAUCCACCUAAGCCUAUUGUUUAUGAAGAAUAAUUAACAUAAUAAACAUAAGAAAUAGCAGAAGAUCCUUUUGCAUCUUAAUAAUAAGCUCAUUAAUCAGAACAUAAUAAGAAAAAGAAUAGUUUAUUGAGGAAUAGAUAUGUAUAAUGAGU